GGGGGGUGUUUCCAGGCACAAAGUCCCCAUGAGUCACUGAGCUGUCCCAGCCGUGCCACAGCCAUGAACGCUAUACUUUCUGCAUGGGGAAGGUGAAGAAAACCCAUUUGAAGAACAAGAAGGCCAAAGCAAAAGCCCAGGGGAAGAAGACCGAAGCCGAUGGCGACGAGGUUUUGGAUGCGGGGGAGACCAGCCAUGAGCUGAAGAGGCGGCAUGCAGCGGAGCGCAAGGCUUUGCAGGCCAAGAUCGUGGAGCUGAAGCGGCAACGCAAGAAGCUGCCCAAGAAAAAGAACAAGGACGACAAGAAGGCCUUGACGGAAGAGAUGAAAAAACUCAAGAGUCACUUGGUCGCCACAGCGGGAAUUUUUUGGUGUUCAGGGUCUGGCGUGAGGUAUGGAGCUUGGGUAGGAGUGCGUUCAGCUUUGUGAGGCGAAAUGAAGCUGGAGCACCAGGACAUCCAGAACAUCAUCAAAACCAAGGGAUCCCAUUGCAAAAGCAUGCACAAGUCAUAUUUAUGUAAAUCGCGCCAUUCCUAGAGUACAAUGCUCCGAAUCGCCAUUUCCUCAGAAAUACCUUUCCCGCGACAUCUGCUGAACCCUCAAAGAUUCGUUGGAGAAAGUCGUCCUAAAAUCCUUGAACAUGUGCAUGCCUUUCUUGUAGAACCAACCCACCUGAUGAAUUGCUGUGGUCAGAUGAGCUACGGCAAAGACAUGAUGAUGAACUGCAGAAGGCUGGUGUCCAAGUGGAAGAGGACAGGGAUUUUGAAGAAGAUAAAUACAUAAGGAUAUCCGACAUUCUAAUAGAAUUUAGAAAUAAA